GUGAGGGUGGAGAGGGCACGAACUGGCACGGCCAUCUAUCAUCGAUCGGAGGCCAAUCAGCGUCAAGGAAAGUCAGGCUUGCUGGUAGUGGUGCUAUAGCAGACCUCUCGCAAGCUGCCUCGGCGUUGAUUCCAUCUGCCACGGCAUGGCGGUGAGCUCCAAGAACACCCACCACUCGCCGGCGGUCGUCUUCCUCCUCGGGGCCAUCUCGGCCACCGCGGUGCUCGUCUUCUUCUUCACCGCCACCGCGGGACCCGCAUGGCCCGCGGCGACCACGGAGCUCUCUCCUCGGAGGAGCCAGGAGGCGGCCCGGUCGGCUCCAGCGCCGACGCCCAAGGCCUCUUCUACCACCAAUGCGGUACGGUCUAUUUGCUCUUCCAUCGGCCGUUGCUAUCUAGAGUAGCCAGACCCCAACGGUUUCGUUGGCGCAGACGGGCGGCGACGACGCGUUCGCGCGGAUGCUGCGGCGGGCGGCGAUGGAGGACCGGACGGUGAUCAUGACGUCGGUGAACGAGGCGUGGGCGGCGGAGGGGUCGCUGCUGGACUCGUUCCUCGAGAGCUUCCGCGUGGGGCUCAACAUCUCGCACCUGGUGAAGCACAUCGUGGUGGUGGCCAUGGACGAGGGCGCGCUCCGCCGGUGCCGCGCCGUGCACCCGCACUGCCACCUGCUGCUCCCGGACGUCGACGGCCUCGACCUCUCCGGCGCCAAGAGCUACAUGACCAAGGACUACCUCGACCUCGUCUGGAGCAAGCUCCGGCUCCAGCAUCGCGUCCUCCUCCUCGGCUACAACCUCCUCUUCACGGCACGUCGUCUCGUCGCCAAUGCCUGUGUGCGUCUCGUCGACCCUUUGCUCCGAGUCUGUGACCUGGGCAGUGGACUGGGCACCCGUUUUGUGCGUAUGCAAUUGGGCUGAAAGGGUUUGGGCUUUCGAGUUGAAAUUUACUGGGCUGCGUAUCUCCCCCCACCUGGUGCCCGCCUUUUUGGGCUUUCAGGUGGAAAGUUAGAGAGCUUUGAACAUCGAAAUGAAAAUUCUGAACUCUGAACUGUUCGAGAAAAGGAAAUAUGAGCUCUGAACAAAUCGCCGUUAAGGUCUAAUAAGAUCGGUGUAAGAACAAAGAAGCAUAGUUCCACCCAUGGAAAGCGGUGCUAUCGUUAAGGUCUAAUAAGAUCGGUGUAAGAAUAGACAAGCAAGUUAUUGUACUACUCCGUA